CAUGGGUCGCGUCUGAUCUGUCAUUCCCCGUGAUUAGGAGUGUUACCCGGCUUCAACGCUCGACUUUAGCCUUCGCACGUGACUUUGCUUGUUCCCACAGUCUUUUUUCUUCUUUUCACCGUUGGAAAGUGUCUGCCGCCAGAAUUCUUCACAGAGCCCCGCAAUAUCAAUUUUUAUAUUCAACUCGGAAGCCAUGGGCAAAGCUGAUAAAUCUCGGAAAAAGCAUGGCAGGAAAAAGGGUAGCCUUGCUGCUUCUAGGCCACCGAACCCUGCAGACAAGGCGGCCAAUAAUACUCUCCGGGAAUCCACGGUCUUGCCUGUUGUGAAAAACCUCUCAUCUACCUCGCCUAAAGAGCGAGCGGAAGCCGUAUCAGCGAUAAACAAUCUACUCCAGGAUGCCACUUGUCGCCAAUUACUGCUCCGCGAGAGGGUGGUACAAAAAUUGAUGGAAGAGAUGCUCAAUGAUUCUUCGCAAGAGGUUGUUGUGUAUGCCUGGGGCGCUCUCAGAAACAUCUCAGUGGAUGAGGGUUACGACCAGAGCAUCUUUAUGUACCGGAAAAAUAUUUUGACCCCGGUCGCAAGCGCCUUGCAGAAGGUAUGAUAAAUUAAAGUCAGUUAUAUUCGCAGGGCUAAUUCUUUCGUAGAUCUCGUGUACGUUAAACUCUCGGCGCACCAACCCAGGAUCCCUCAAUAGCACAGAACAGAGGAUUCUGUGGUUGUAUGCCGAGAAUGUUAUUGGCCUUAUCGCUGGCCUUAGGUAGUCCUGAAUACUGAGCGCUUAAGCUGUUGAUUAAUGCUAAGUCCUUGUUCUAGUGAGACAAGCGAGGAGGUGGCAGGGGCAAUAGUCAAACUGGAGAUAUUACCUCUUCUUAUGGAAGUUCUCAACGAACCCUCGGAAAGGCUAGAAAGCCUGCAUGAAACGGUAGCCCAAUGCCUCUACUCUCUCACCGAGGAAAGCGACGAUUUUGUCGAGGCUAUUGUUUCGGACCGUAGUAACUACGUUUCUCUGUUGCUGAAACUCCGUGAUCGGUCAAGCCCUAGCCUAAAGAGUCUCUAUAUUUGUGGUAUGGGCAAAUUGUUCUUUGAUAAUAUUACAUACGUUUGACUAAGCAUUAUCAUAAUACCCAGGUUCCCUCCAUAAUAUAUCACUCGCGCUAAAAGGGACAGAUGUAGCUGCCGAUCAGGAGAUCUCUGAUUUCAACAUUGUGCCAAUUCUGACUGAUUUUCUCAAAUCAACACCUGCCACAUCUCCUACUGAUGACGAACAAAAAGUCCUUGCCUUCAAGCAACUUGUUUUGGAAAUACUGGCUUCCAUAGCAACAGAAGCAACAGAUGGGGUCCCGGAGUUAGUCUUAGGGGCAGACCAGGAUGAUGGCAUAGACUAUAUGAGCGAAGAUGGAGAUGGAAAAGACGUAGGCGCCCCUGAGGAGCUAGAUGGAUCAUUACGGGCGGAUAUGGAAAUGAUAGUGGGUGAUGAGAGUAAUCAAGAUUCCCCGGACUCGGGGGAAGGAACGGUGUUGCACUAUUUGGUUAUAAGCACUGGGCCGGCGCUCUUGUCAAUUGUAAAAUCGGGUGCCGGCGGUUCAUUACCCAUCCACAUGCGAGCAUUGAGCGUAUUAAAUAAUAUCGCUUGGACUGUUGAUGCAACACUUUCCGAAGGAUCGGCCCUGUGGGAGAGGUGGCAGAAACUGGCUCACGAGAUAUGGAAAAUCUGUGUUACACCUGUCCUUGUUGCUAAUACCGCAGAUGUGGAGCUCGCGGAAGCAGUUACAGGCCUUGCUUGGGCGGUCUCGAAAUCUAUGAAGGGAGGCUUCGACGUUUCACAAGGAGAGCACAGGGCAUUCGUUAGCCUCUACCAUGCAGCAAAUACUGAUGAAUUGCGAACAAAAUGUGUUGGCGUUCUUGGGUGCCUUGGUCUUGCGCAAGGGAGAAUUGAAGUCAAUCAGGUAUAUACCUUGCACAUCUACGUUAUUAGGAUAUGUCUAACCUGACAAAUAGGAAAUUGGCGUUUUCCUUAUGACUUUGGUUUCCAGCGGUGCAAAUACCCCGGCCAGCCCAUUGGCAGAAGCGCUGAAUGCUAUAUUCGAUAUAUAUGCCGAUGCAGAAUUCGAUUAUGAUGAACCUGUGUUCGUUAGGAAUGCCUUCCUUGAUCACCUCUCGAAAGCAAUACCUGGGGUCAGGUCAGCUGUAGGAAUCCCACUCUUUCCUUUCUCUAACCUAGCCCGCAAGAUACAUCUAACGCUUCAAAUAAAUUAAGUUUAAGAAAAUCGAUAAAAAUAAGUUUCCGGAGGAUCGACUGAGGGCAGACGAUGCACUGUUAAAUUUGCAGCGGUUUAUCAGAUAUAAAAAGAAGGAGAGAGGAAACUGAAUACUCUCUUCCUGGGAGAGCAAUUUUCAAUGGGUGGCUCUAGCAACCAAACCUCCUGCAGGGGUUUCUUGGACGAUGUGUUUUUCCCACUGUAUUCUAGAUUUGUGGUUUACCCCUAAAAGUUAUCUACUACUGUAGAUAUUGAACUCCAAGAAUUACUCCUU